AUGAGGCACCACUGGCUGCUGCUGGGGGCCUGUGGGUGGGUGCUUCUCAUCCUGAUGUUUGUGACCAAGUUCAUCAACUUCAGAGCCAACAACGGGUACGGAGAAAGGGUGGGGUCUCAGAACUGGACUGAGUCUGGGACCAGGGCUGUGCGAGUCCAGAAUGCAGAGAACAGGACUGGAGCUGUGCCGGCCUCCAGCUUCCCCUCUGGCCCCUCUGCUCCCUGGGAUGGCGUGAUCCAUCAGAGGAACAGUCUUCUCAAAGCCGUGUGUCGGGACCCCGCCCUCCACAACCUCACGCACAGAGCCGUGACCCGGUUCGUCCUGGACCGGAUCUUUGUGAGCGACAAACAUAAGCUGCUCUUCUGCCAGACGCCAAAAGUGGGAAACACGCAGUGGAAGAAGGUCCUGAUCGUGCUCAAUGGAGCGUUCCCCAGUGUGGAGGAGAUCCCUGAAAACAUUGUCCACAAUCAUGAGAAGAACGGACUGCCAAGACUGUCCUCCUACAGCCCCCAAGAGGUCACUGAGAGACUGGGCAGUUACUUUAAGUUCCUGAUUGUUCGGGAUCCGUUUGAACGCCUCAUCUCAGCGUUCAAAGACAAGUUUGUAUUGAACCCACGCUUCGAGCCGUGGUACAAGACGGACAUUGCUCCAGCCAUCAUCCGCAAGUACAGACGCCUGCACCGAGACCAGGAUCAGGACCUGGUCCAGGACCAGGACCGGCCUAAGGAGGAGCGUAGCUCCGGUUUAACUUUUGAAGACUUUGUUCGUUACCUUGGCGACGGCGAUGGAAGGCGGCGCCUGGACCGGCAGUUUGGCACUCACAUCAUCCACUGGCUGAGCUACACGGAGUUGUGCGCGCCCUGCGACAUCCGAUAUGACGUGAUCGGACACCACGAGACGCUGGAGCAGGACGCCCCCCACAUCCUGAGGGCCGCGGGGCUAGAGGGCCUGGUGCAGUACCCACACAUCCCCCCCGGCAUCACCCUCUACAACCGUACCAAGGUCCAGCUCUACUUCAACCACAUCAAGCACCGCGACGCCCGCCGCCUCUACCAGCGCUACCAGGGCGACUUCUCCCUGUUCGGCUACACCCGGCCAGACUUCAUUCUCGAUUGA